AAGAUUUGAAUGAAGAAUUGAAUGAAGAUUUGAAUGAAGAUUUGAAUGAAGUGAAGAAUUGAAUGAAGAUUGAAUGAAGAUUUGAGUGCGCAGAAUUCUGGCAGGGGGGAGGCUUUUCUGCACAACACCGGAAGUGAAGGUGGAGCCUCGGCUCUUUUGUCUUGUGAUUUUGGGCAGAGAGCCACGUGUUGAAAUAUAACGUCUCAGACCUCUACCUCCCUAAUCUACAAUAUCAGUAGACUAGACGUAAAUAUUCCCAUCUGGUUAACUUCGCAGGAUCUCUGUAAUCGACAAUAACGGAAGAAUCUACAAUGAAUAAGGAAACACCUAUCCCACCCCUCUCCUCCCUCUCCCUCCGACCCUCCUCCCCCUUCACCCUCCCGGGGGCCCCAGGUCGUGCCUCUCCCGGUAGCGCCUCACUGCAGGGUAUGAUGAGGUUGUCUGUGUUGUUGGUGGACUGCAGGAAAACAACAGGGCUGAGGGACAGCCGUAACCGUCGCUCUCUCAGUAGAAGAGUCAUAUCUGGGGAGGCUAACGAACAUGAUGCUGACGAGGCAGAGAACAGUCUCUCCAGAUCAGAACACCUCAAACACCAGCAGAGAGUGGCAGGGAAGAAACCUCACCGCUGCUCUGACUGUGGAAAGAGUUUCACCUCUUCGUCAAAACUUAAAACACACCAGAGAAUUCAUACUGGAGAGAAACCGUUUCACUGCACAGACUGUGGGAAGAGUUUUGUUCAAUUAGGCAACCUGAAAAUUCAUCUGCGGACACACACACAAGAGAAGCCUUACCACUGCUCUGUCUGUGAGAAGAGCUUUCAACAUCACAUGGCAAUAAACUGCACCAGAGAACGCACACCGGAGAGAAGCCUUACCACUGCUCUGACUGUGGGAAGAGUUUUUCUCAUUCAAGAAAUCUGA